AUGAUGUGGAAAAGUGUACCGAAGUCGUGUAUUCACGUCUCGGCGGUGUGUCUUAAAAAGAGUCCGGCAGGUAAACGCUGGAUUCAGCGGCAGCUCAGUGACCCUUUCGUCAAAGCUGCGCACUCUCAAGAUUACCGCUGCAGAAGUGCAUUUAAACUCAUCGAGAUAGACGAUAAGUACAAAAUACUGAAACCUGGCUUUAGUAUCGUAGAUUGUGGUGCUGCGCCUGGUGCAUGGAGCCAAGUUGCAGUCCAGAGAGUCAAUUCAACGGGAGAAAGUACAGAACUUCCUAAAGGAAGUGUCAUAGGUAUAGACUUACUACGAAUAGCCCCUUUGGAUGGAGCCCAGUUCCUGUGCAGUCAUGACAUUAUGGACCCUUCAACUCACAUGGAGUUGGAAAGGCUCCUCCCUGAAGCUCAAGCAGAUGUCAUCCUCAGUGACAUGGCCCCCAAUGCCAGCGGGCUCAGGGAACUGGAUCACGAGAACCUAGUCACCAUGUGUCUCUCAAUGCUGGACUUGACAGAGAGGGUUCUGCGCACUGGUGGCUCAUUGGUUUGUAAAUACUGGGAUGGCUAUCUGGCCCAUAAGCUCCAGCAAAGACUUUCUCUUAUGUUUAAGGAUGUAAGAACUGUAAAACCGAAAGCAAGUAGGAAGGAGUCGGCAGAGCUGUAUUUUCUGGCGAGGACGUUCAAAAAGAGAUAAAGCCUCUAUUUAGAUAACAAAAAUAUAGCUUGACCUGAAAUUGCUGGUUUUGUUCAUUUGAAAAAUCUGCUUCGUACACAUGCAGAAUAAAUAGAUUUGUGUGUGUAUAAGACUAUACGAUUUUUCGAGGCUCUGAAGUCUGCAUAUCAGGGUUUCCUCACAUCUUUCAUAGAUUUUGAUAAAGAAAUGAUUGUGUGCAUUUAAAUUACUUUAUUGUAAUUCUAUAUUUAGAGUGUAUUGUGAAAUAACUCUUUCGUUGAAAAAGCACAGAGAAAACAUUCAUAAAAGGCAAAACUUUAACUCAUUUGUGUGAUGGAUUAGUUUCAUUUUAGGCUGUUUAUUGAAGUCAGUAUGUUCUAGGGAAGAUUUUCACGUUACCAGUGGAUGGCGCUCUUGAGUCGUCAAUCUGAAAACAGCAGUGGGAGUUGAAGUGAAUCUCCCAAUAUCAGAGACCGUACAGUGUGAAGAGACUGCGUGGACAUGCUGUUAUUAGGAUUUUUUUCCCCAGCUGUUUAAAAGUUUAGUGUUUGGGAGUCAUGUACUGCACGUUUGUAACCUUAAAACUUUGCUCAUUUGACAAUGCAUUAAUUUUGUGUUCUCCUAACUGGAUAGCUAAAUUAUUUGCAUGAUGCAAUGCAAUACUAAAAUCCGUUUUCCAGCCGUGUAAAAAGAUGCAAUCAUUCUCUCAUUAGAAGCAGAGGAGCUGCAGAGAGGAUGGAUAAGUGUUUUUUGAGCAUGACUAAUGAGAGGCCUUUGUCCCUAAAGCAACGCAGAUAUUAGCCUCGCACAUUAUUAACCCAGACACUUUGGUUUCUACAGUCCAGAUAUAAAUGACAUCCAGCGCAUGUAGUCAGUUUUUACAUCAAGGAAUCUUUAGAAGUAUGUAGA